AUGAUCGGACCAAUUAAGAGACCAGCAGACACUCUAACUGAGGAACAGACUGACGUGCUGAGGGAGCUUCUGAUGCUGAGGAAUAUGUGGUAUGGGGCUAGUCAUGUUAGUCAUAAGGCAGCUAUCGUGUCCCUUGCCUGGGAGAGCCUGGCUGCUCAGCCAGGAGCAGCAGACUCUCUCCCUGGGUGGCCAUCUUUUCGGGUUCCCGUGGUGGUCAUCGGAGGUGACCAGGUCACCAUCAGCGACCCGUCGGCAACCAACCUGUCCCCCGGCUUGCUAGAACCGCUAGCUCCACAUCAGGCCUGCCUGAUUCCCGGCCCGCUAGCGCCGCUAGCUCCACAUCAGGCCUGCCUGAUUCCCGGCCCGCUAGCGCCGCUAGCUCCACAUCAGACCUGCCUGAUUCCCGGCCCGCUAGCGCCGCUAGCUCCACAUCAGACCUGCCUGAUUCCCGGCCCGCUAGCGCCGCUAGCUCCACAUCAGACCUGCCUGAUUCCCGGCCCGCUAGCGCUCCUAGUGCUCCGCCGGUGGUCCUCAGCCCAGCUGUGCCUCCAGAGCACCCAAGCUUUGGGUGCCGACCUCCGGAGAGGUCUUGCCGUCGGCCUCCUGCUCGGCCCCCAGUGGGUUUGCUGCCUCACUAUUGGCCGACCUGCCAACCCCUUGAACUCUGUGGCCCCCCUGUUCUGCCCUGAACUGUUUUGCCCUCCUGGUCUGCUCAGUCGACCUCCGGGUCUGCCUCCUGAACUUUUGUUCACCUCUGGCCACCUGGGACGGCCUCCUGAACUGUGUUUUCCCCCUGAUUUGCUCGGCCUGUCGGGUCGCCCUCUGGGACGGCUCCCAGAACUGUUUUGUCCCCUUGGCCUGCUUGUACGACCUCCCGAACUCUGUCGCCCCCUUUCCUUGCCCUCUGGCCACCCACCUGAGCGUUGUACCAUAGCGACUAAAAAAAAACCUCCCCCCUCUCUCUUUUUCUGUUUCAACUGUGGUCCAUCCAGGGAAGACAUACCACAGGAUGGGAACGACAGCUGUAAAGACACUGUAAGCGUGCAUCAAGUUAACACCUUACAGGUGAGAAUUCUGUCUUAGAAAUAUAGAAUAACAAUUAAAACAUUAGUGAAAAAAUAUCUACAUUUAUAUCCUACUCUUAACUGUAAAUUUUGUGAUUAUUUGUAAAUCUGUGUUAAAUAUAGCAGACUUACUGACUUACUUAUCUUUUUCCUAUAAUCUACUACAAAUUAUGUUUUCUUAUUACUUUGUGAAGCUGUGGGCACACAACUUCAUUCAGUAUUAAUUAGUAGUCUUUAAAAGGUUGAUUACAUAUUCAGUAACAACACGAAAGGACUGCUUAAAUGCUCACCAUUUAGAUUGGCUCCUGAAA